AUACGCUAUAUAACCAUAGGAGAUUAUUUUUGUUCCGCUACAGCAUUCGUUUGUAUUACUUAGCAGAACAUGGCUAACAGGCAACUGCGAAGUGAAGUUUUGAAACGCGCCCUGAAGGCAUGCAUCGUCCAACCGGUAAUAAGAAAAUAUCAGGUAGUAGCCGUUCGUGCGAUGUGGGGAAGUGAUGUUGAUGCCCGCGAGGUCAUUUGGGGCAAGAGAAUGCAGAUGGAGAACAUAUUGCUUAGCAACGAACAAGUAUCCUGUUUUUUUCUUGUAUUACCUAUAUGGCCAGACCUCGUAAGAGAAAGUCGAUGAGGAAUGAAGGGGAGGAAGAAGAAGGAGCCGACUCUAGCAGUGAAGGUGAUAACAGAAACGGCGCAAAUGCGCCUGAAACAUUUCCUGGCAUUUCUUUCUGGAUCGCGUGCGACUUGCCAAACUGUACCUUAAGUCAAUUUGAAACAAAUUUGUCGAAGUCUUUUAUGCAAGCCGGGUUGAAUUUAACAACGUGCAAUGCUAUACAGACAAGAGGUAAAUACUUGAACCUUUUAGUACUUGAAAUACUGUCAAUGUUUUUCGAAUAUUUUACGCCACAUUUGAUAUUUGUAGGCAAAACCAGUGCAUUGCAAGCAUUCUCAGGAUCGUUAUACCAAGUCUUGAAAGACCACAAUAGGGAAGAAGCAAAACGGAUAGUUGAGAUAUCCCAUCGCACAAUGAUUAGGAGUGCAGCUAGAGAUGAAGGUGUUCAACUUGACCACGUUGCUGUAAUGGAAAGCGAACAGUACUCGAUGAAACCCUGUCAGUUAAUUCUAACAAAAAAUAUUGAUAAAGAGGUAUAUCAAGAUGUAAUUCGUGGUUUAUCCGAAAUCAGAUUUACAUCGCUUGAUUUAAAAGUAAUUGAUAAAUCGGAAGGCACAGAAGUAACUAUUCCCGUUAAGCCAACUAACAAACUUUGUCAAUCCGUGGAUAUAGUUCGAAGGAUGAUGGAGAGGAAUAGCUUUGGACUGUGCAAUGGAGGUGUAUACAAAAAAAUAGGAGAAAGCAGAUACACAUACGUUUACUGUUGUUCGGUGAAAAGCUAUCUCUAUCGCUCGUUGAAAAACAAAGCAAUCGCCAACGAAAUUACGCCAAAUUUACGAGAGUUGGUAUUUUUGCUGUCGGACGGCGAGUGUCAAAUAAUUGAUCAAAUAACUCUGGAUUACAAUUACAUUGAAUGCUUGCCAAAUGGAGUUUGUUAUAACAUCGCCAAAAAAUGUUUCGAUGUCAAGCCAAAUUUAAAGGGAUCUCCCCGAGCAUUCGUACGGUACUUUCAUCGUGAGGGAAAAAAUCCCGAACCAAAGCCAUUUAUAGAAGGUAAUUGUUUUUACUUUUCUUUUAACGCGUUAAGAAAAUGUGUUUUUUUUCUUUUAACGCGUUGUAACAUAUCAAGGUGGUAGUUGUAACGUGUUGUAACGUAUUGUAACUUGUUGUAACGCAUUUUCAGUGAAAAAAAUGUUUUUUUUUAUCUUUUAACGCGUUGUAACAUAUCAAGGUGGUAGUUGUAACGUGUUGUAACGUAUUG